AGGUCGAGGACCUAGUGAAUUGUUGUGCAUCUUAAUUCAUUUUGUUGAUACAUGGGUUUGUUAUAAUUUCCGUCAUAUGCUUGCAUAUUCACUGCAUUUGCGUUUCUAGCUUGCAAUUUAACAAAAAAAAAUGGCGCGUCCAUCCACAAUGAGCACACAAGCUGGGACAGCAGCUUCGCCUUCCACGAAUGAACCCUGCACACAAGUACGACAUGAGGAUGAAACACAGCACAGCAUUAGCGAUUCGCAGACCACAAAAGCAGCAUUGGAAGACGAGAGAGCCAAUUCUAGUAGAAGCACAUCCGAUACAGAAGACGGUUGUACUCUACAUGAGUCUGCUCCUGCAUCACGACAGGACUCCACAUUAGAAGAAGAUUCAGUAUCAGACAGCGACUCCAGUGCGCCAGCCUUCGACCUAUUUGAUGAUGGUGAUGCAUGCAGCGACGAUGAAUUCGAGUUGUACACACAUAAGGAGGCGUUUUUACCGGGAGGACCUAGGCUAGGUGCUGGGGAGAUCGCGAAGAUGAAUAGGAGCUUUGCUGUUGUCUCUAGUACUUCGUUGAGAAAUAUAGCGCCAUCGUCAACACCCUCAAGCUCGACAGCGCCAACAGUGACAGUCUCAACUUCAGCAACGACAGUCUCAGCCACAAAAGCGACAGUCUCAGCCUCAAAAGCGACAGUCCCAGCCUCAAAAGCGACAGCCUCAACUUCAGCAACGACAGCCUCGACGUCAGCAACGACAGCCUUGACUUCAGCAACGACUUCCACCUCAAUAACAUCGUCUUCACCCACCUCGACAACGCCAUCAACAUCUUCUUCCUCUUUUUCCCCACUACAAGUCAUCCCGCUGUCGUUCUCCCUCUUCAUCAAUCCUUCACGUUCCUUCGUGUGGCCUUCUGCCAGGCUCUUGAGCGAGUUUCUACUUCACAACCCUGAGAUUUGCCUCAAUAAAAGCGUAAUCGAACUAGGGUGUGGCUUGGGACUGCCUGCGUUCGCGGCUAGAGCUACUGGAGCAUCCUCUGUGUUGGCUACUGAUUUGUCGGAACGAUAUUUGAGAACACUAGAGCAAGUGCAGAAGUUUAACGACAAGAUUACUAGUGAUAGUAGUCGUAGUGCAGAAAGAGGAACAAGAGGAAGUUCUGAAGAAGGUGAAGCGAUAGUUCCAACGAAAAUCGAGACACAACGUGUUGAUUGGUUUGACGCCUUGAAAAGUUGUUCUAGUUCCUGUUCCUUUAGAAGUAGUCUCUUCACUACCACUACCAAGAGGACCAAGAAGCAUAAUGAUCUUCACAACAGUUCUUGUUCCGCUUUUGACGUCUGUCUCUGUGCCGACGUGAAUUACAACCCUGAUACUGUUGAAGCUCUACUUGCAACCGUAAGAGCAACGAAAGCAGAAGUCGUAGUUCUGAUUAGUAGGGAGAAAAGAGCUGGCUUCGAUGCUUUUGCGGAGAAAUUGAAGAACCAAAUGUUCGAACAUUGUCUCUUAGAUCGUGCACCGAUUUCGUCCGAUGUUUACCAGAUCGGGAAAGUAGAGGAAGAACGGCAUUCAAUUUUCAUGUUCUGUGGAAGGAGGAAGUAGUAGUUUUCUGACUUAUUAUAUCGGGAGUGGGUCCUAAACCCACGUCUCGUAAAUAGUAUCUGAGAAGCAGCUAAUCAUCCGAUAAAUCACGAAUAAUGAAACCUUCACAUUCGUAGUUUCUCUUUCUGUAUGUCACAUCUUUGCAUUUCACUGGCUUACUUCUAUCUGAAUGACGAGGUCAGUUUUGUAUUUUGUGCACAGGAUUAUAGAGUUGUAGAGUUCCUCUUAUUCACAGCCAUCAUGUGGUGUAAUGAUAUUGAAGUCAUGACGUUGAACAUCCGAUGCAUGGCCUAUCAGUGAUAAGUAGUUCUUGAUAAGAGCAAUUAUAUGAAUGUGUGUCUAGUACCUCGUCUACCAGCAACAUGGUGAAUUCAUUGCAGGAAGAUAGCAGUAUUGGAAAUCAUUUUCCAAAAGUGCAAUAUGAACACGGCAAGUAAUCGUUGUCGCACGCCGC